AUGGCUACAGCAAUUUUCGUAUCCUGCCAGGGUGACAAAGCAGCCCUAUUCAUGGAUGCACUGCUUUCUCCAACCGGAGAGGGGACUAAAAAAUCUGUCCUAAAAAAAGCUAGCCAAUAUGUUGCCGACCUUGUCAGCCUACCGCGGCUGACUGGGUAUCCUACUAUGCGGUCAAAAAAAAAGAAAAAUUUUAAAUUUGGCUUCAUGGAACGUCCGAACAAUGCUGACAGGAAGAAGACUAGCUGGAAACAUCCACGUUCAGGACACUGGCAUCUCAUCGACUACAUACUUAUCAGACAACGCGAUCUUCGUCUCGCUCGUCUAACUAAAGCGGUGCGAGCAUCAACAAUGUGGUCAGAUCAUCGCCUCAUCAAGAUGUCGGUGUUUCUUACUGUUAAACCAGUCAGAAGGCAUCACAAAACUGUAAGGAAAGCCAAACUGGAUGUGACUCGGCUAACAGAACC